CAGGCGGGCGCGCACUAGCAGCCCCGGGCGCGGGUUGGGCGCGGAGCGGGGCGCUGCAGUGUGUGUGCUGAGCUCAGAUCUGAGCGAGCCUUCUUGGAUCCCAUGGGGGUGGUGCUGACACGAUCAGCGCAGUGGACUACUGCUGCUGGAUAUGGAAGUGGAACCCUGGAAAUUACCCCUCUAAAUGAAGCGAUAUUAAAAGAAAUUAUUUUGUUUGUGGAGAAUUUUAUCUAUAAACAUCCCCAAGAGGCAAAAUAUGUUUUCGUAGAACCACUUGAAUGGAAGACAAAUUUGGACCCCUCAGCAUUUGAAUCAGGUUAUGUUGUCAGUGCAACCACAGUCAAAUCAGAAGAAGUUGAUAAAAAUGGGCAGCCUUUGCUAUUUCUCUCUGUACCACAAAUUAAAAUUAGGAGCUUUGGGCAGCUGUCAUGUUUGUUAUUUGUUUCCAAAGAUGCAAAGCUGAAGGAAGCACAAGCAUGUAUUGAAGCUAACAGAAAUCCUGUAGCAAAAAUCCUGGGCAUGGAUUAUAAUACAAUGAAAGCAGACACAUCAGUAUUAAAUAUUCUUGAUAAAAUUACCAAAGAUGAUGAUCCUGAAAUUGAGAUUAAGAUGAAGAUUGCCAUGCUGCUUGAGGAACUGGAUCUGCACCUCCUGAACUAUUCUCUAAAACACACUUCGUUAGAAAUACAUUUAAAUCCACUGACUGUUAAGAAGGAUAUAGAGCUACUCAAGCGUUUCUCAGGAAAAGGAGAACAAACAGUCUUGGAGUCUAUUGAAUAUACCUCAGAUUAUGAAUUUUCAAAUGGAUGUCGAGCCCCACCUUGGAGACAACUUCAUGGGGAAAUUUGUUAUGUGCUGGUGAAACCACACGAUGUUGAAACUUUGUGCAUUACCUGUAGUGCAGAAGGAGUAUUUUUAAAUGGUGGCAAAACAGAUGCUGAGGGCGAAAUUAACUAUGAGAGAAUAGGUGCAAUUUAUAAAGAUCUUGUCACAUUUUUAAAAGAAAAAUCGGCAAAAUUUUCAGAAAAUAUGUCUAAACAGACCAGAUUCAGUGAAGAACAGCAAAAGGUAAAGGAUCAGCCUAAGGAGGCACCGAAGAAGGAAGACGCAGAUGCCUUACAUAAACCUAUUACUAGUUCAAACAAGAGUAAGCUGGAGAAGAACAAAAUUAAUUUUGGGAAGAAUCAAAUGACCAAGAGAUUAGAGCCAAGUUUAAACUGGAAGACCACUGUUGAUGUCAAAGACCGCAAAAUCUCCCUAAGAGACACCCAAGAGGAAAAACAUGGAGGAAGACCUGACAAGUCAACACUGUCUGUUUCACCUGGAAGAGCACAAUUAGCUCAUAAGAAUGCUGACAAGGUUGAGGAAAUUAUGAGUGAGAGCUCCUCAGAGAGUGAAGAAGAUGAAGAGCCACCUGAUCAUCGUCAGGAAGCAAAUGCAGAUUUGCCAUCAGAAUAUUGGAAAAUUCAGAAGCUGAUGAAAUAUUUAAAGGGAGGAAAUCAGACAGCUACGGUGAUUGCACUGUGUUCAAUGAAGGAUUUCAACUUAGCGCAAGAGACCUGCCAGUUGGCAAUCAGGGAUGUUGGAUGCCUUGAAGUUUUAAUCAAUUUACUCGAUACAGACGAAGUCAAAUGUAAGAUUGGUUCAUUAAAAAUCCUGAAGGAAAUCAGUCAUAAUCCUCAAAUCAGACGUAAUAUUGUUGACCUUGGAGGCUUACCGGUUAUGGUUAAUAUACUUGAUUCUCCACAUAAGAUUCUGAAAUGUUUGGCAGCUGAGACAAUUGCAAAUGUUGCCAAGUUUAGAAGAGCCCGGCAGGCGGUGAGACAUCAUGGGGGUAUCACCAAACUGUGUGCUGACGAUAAGGAAACCCGUGACCUCGUUAGGCUGCACGGAGGACUUAAACCCCUGGCCAGUCUGCUCAAUAAUACUGACAAUAAAGAACGUUUGGCCGCUGUCACGGGGGCAAUAUGGAAAUGUUCCAUCAGCAAAGAGAAUGUGACCAAGUUUCGGGAAUACAACGCCAUUGAAACUUUGGUGGGACUUUUAACUGACCAGCCUGAGGAAGUCCUUGUUAAUGUGGUUGGUGCCUUGGGAGAAUGUUGUCAGGAGUAUGAAAACCGAGUCAUUGUCCGGAGAUGCGGUGGCAUUCAACCACUUGUGAACCUCCUCGUUGGAAUCAACCAAGCUCUUCUUGUCAAUGUCACGAAAACAGUUGGUGCUUGUGCAGUAGAACGUGAAAGUAUGAUGAUAAUUGAUAGCUUAGACGGAGUUCGUUUGUUGUGGUCUCUGCUGAAAAAUCCUCACCCAGACGUGAAGGCCAGUGCAGCUUGGGCCCUCUGUCCCUGCAUCCAAAAUGCUAAGGAUGCUGGAGAAAUGGUUUGUUCCUUUGUUGGUGGUUUGGAACUUGUUGUCAAUUUACUGAAAUCAGAUAAUAAAGAAGUUUUGGCGAGUGUAUGUGCGGCUAUUACCAACAUAGCAAAAGAUCAAGAAAAUUUAGCUGUUAUUACAGAUCAUGGAGUUGUCCCUUUAUUGUCCAAACUAGCAAAUACGAAUAAUGAUAAACUGAGACGUCAUCUAGCAGAAGCUAUUUCACAUUGCUGUAUGUGGGGCAGAAAUAGAGUGGCCUUCGGUGAACACAAAGCAGUGGCUCCGUUAGUGCGUUAUCUGAAAUCGAAUGAUGCCAGUGUGCAUCGAGCAACAGCUCAAGCUUUGUACCAACUUUCAGAAGAUGCCGAUAACUGCAUCACCAUGCACGAGAAUGGCGCAGUCAAGCUUCUGCUGGAUAUGGUGGGGUCCCCUGAUCAGGAUCUCCAGGAAGCUGCAGCUGGCUGUAUAUCCAACAUCCGCAGGCUGGCUCUCGCUACCGAAAAGGCACGAUACACUUGAAAUUUGAACAGACAUUACAAGCUACCAAAUUUUACACGACACAGAACAUGUCACUCCCAUGGCUAGGAAGCCAAAAUUAAGAAACAUUUACUAGCAAAUCCUUUACCGACAAAUGUCUGAAUGAAAGCACACAGAUGAAAAAUGAGAAGGAUUCUGUUCAUCCAAAAAUUGCAUGGAUCUUUUUGUUCUAUUUAAUGUUUUAGGAGUAUGCCACGGAAUGAAACGUAAAGCCAAUAAAUCUGUAAUAAUUUUCCAGGACGUUGAGAAUAAAUAUAUAUGGUAUAUCUAUGUAUAUUUCAGUGAUGCUUUUGUAUCUGUGAUGAUUUUAAUAAAAGAUAGGGCCUUCCUUGUGUGCAAUUUCAUGCUGAAUGGAGGUCUUUAGAAUUCACUUUCUGUUAAACCUAUCUAACGGUCCUGUCAUUAUGGUUUCAUCUGUUUGAUCACUUGCAACCCACGGGUGAGUUCUGAGGAGAUGUGCUGAUUUCAGAAACUGUUAGAAUUUAGAGUUAAGCAGCUGGACCUGAGAGAUCAUCCCAAGGUCAUUCCCACUUUCUCCUAAUUACUAUCAAACCUCUGAGAAGAUAAUGCAUAACUGUCACGGAACCAGGUCGUGCAGAUCACAAAAACAUAAGCAAUGUGCGAGUUUUUUACUUUUGGACUUACCAAGCAUAAAAAUGAUAUGUUUUAUUUCCCUCUCAGGAUUCACCAAUGCUUUUAUUGAAAGAACGAACUUAUGCUGAUGUCAGGAUAAUAUUACUGCACAUAAAAUUGCUUUGAAUUUCAGAACUUGUUUUCAGCACACAAAGUACUUUUUAAAAAGUGACUACAAAGGAUUAAUAGCGUUUUAUCAGGUUAUAGAAACAUUAGAAGCCACUUAAAAGAACCACAUAUGUAACCUCAGUGUGCUGAAAUGUUUGGGAACUAACUGUCCAAGCAUCUAAUACUAGCCUGGAAAAUAGUUUUGUAUGCAUCAGCUCCGUAAAUCCCACAAUCUCCGUUAAGUCUUUAAAGCGCAGACAAGGAGAUUUUAUGGAAAAAUAUUAAGUUCUGUGUAUGUUUGUCAUAAUUUGGAGAAGAUAGUAAACUUAAUUGAAUUAAGUGUAAAUAAUUUGUAUGAAAUGAAAAGCCUGUACAGGAUGAAAUCACCAGUGAUAGAUUCUCUAAUAAAAAGAUAAGGCAUUUCUGAGAAUUUUAAGGUUCUGUAAAACAUCAAUUCAUCUUCACUGCUUUUUAAAGGAGGUUAUACAAGGGAAUACUAGGGACAAGGAAAUGAUAUUAAUGUUACAAACUGAAUUUAAAUAAUAGUGUAAAUCCUGUCACUUUCAACAGUAAACAUUUCUAAUGUUAAAGUCACAUUAAAAAUGCUGCUAGAAAUCAUGGGUUUUGACAGCCAUUAGAAAAUGAUUAAGUGUAUUAUUAUUCUAUUAUUAUUACUAAAGGGAGCUUUCACCAUUAUCUUAAGAUUUUAAAAUAUUCUUGGAAUUAGUGGAUCCUGGGAAUGAAAGGAUGCAAUAGGCAAAACCAGCAGUGGCACAAAAGAACUGGGUGAAUGGUGGAGAAAGAAAGUUGUUCCCUUACAAUGUUCUUGAUGGAAGAAAGUGUGGGGCUUCCAUUUGUAUAAUUAAUAAAUGAAUAAAAUAAAAGCAACAGUGCCAAUUAAAAAACUAAACCUUUGGAAACAGGUAAAGGGAAUUACCAUGGAAAUUGUCUUGUGUAUUUCUUAAGAAAAAUUUUUUUAAUUCUUAAACAUCAGAAAUGUAGUACCUUUAGAGUAAACAAAUGAGAAGCUGAAUUUAAAUGUCAAUUUUUGGCUUUUUUUUUUUUUUCUGAAAUGGCCUAACAGAAAACUCUGAUCUCACUAGAAAAAUGUCAAAGGCAGUGAAAGCACCCAUAGCUAUCAGAGAACAAAGGUAUGGAUGAUUGCACCAUUUCUUUGCUACUGCAUGCUGUGAAAGCACUCACUUUUUUUCAUUAGUUUUUGUGUAAGAUUUUUCUGUGUGUUAUAUUGAUUUUCUGCUAUUCAAAGCUGGCAACAUUAAUCCUUUAUCAAUUUUCAGUGACAGGGUUCAUUUUAAGGUUUUAUUCUUCCCCAGGACACCCUGGGAAUCCGAUACACUCGCUGUGAUAGCUGGCUGUUUCAGUUUGAAAGGAGUGUAAAGUGGAAGGAAUUUUAAAUAGAUAUUCUUUGAUCUUCCACUCUCUUUCGUUUGCAAGGUUUCCUUUUAGAAAUCCUUGCCAUGAUCAUUCUGCCAUUCCUAGUCAAUGUUCUUUUGCUACUCUCAGGAUGACUUGAGCUAAAAAUAACUUGUUUCUUUUUUAAAAGUUUGCUAGGUUAUGAAAGUGAAUGGAAGGUUAGAUUUCUUAGGGGAUAGCAUUGCAAAUCUUGUUACUUUGAUAUAUUUUGGUGUUACCACUCUGCAUCUUUAAGUUAUUUGUAUGGAAUUGAGACAUGAUGAUUCAAAAUAUUUGGAAAAUUUAUUUCCAUUUAGGAAAAUGAGAAUCUUAAAUGUUGACAAACAGACAAACUAAGAGUUCUGAGUAAAUACUUUCUUUUCCUUUGCCUAAUGGGAUUAGGUUAAAAAGAUAAAAGAAAAUUUUGCAGUGGAAAUAAUUGAACAUGUUUAAUCUCUUUCCAUGGAAGACUUGAACAUUAAAUAGGCUAUGUCCAUUCCUAUAAUUCAGUGAAAACAAUAAGGAAACCCACUUAUUUAAGAGCCUCAAUGCCUCAAAUGUCCCCUCAAACCCUAGGUUCCUCUUGUGCAUACAUGUAGAAAGUGGAAUUGUCUUUCUCAAUGCAAAUGGAGUAGAAAGGGAACCAGUUUAUAUAAUGCUGCUAAAUGCAGUCACUGUGUAAGGUGUGAUCAAACAAUACGGUGA